AAUCGAGUAAGCAGAGAAAAUGACUGGAAAAUUGUAGUGUCUGAAGUGGACUAUUCUGGAAUGAAGAGCCGGCAGAUCGUUGCUGCAUCAGAGGCAUGAUAAGAGACGUCAUCCCGUUGUCAAAAGCUGAUGUUAGAAAGCUACUUUUGAUUUCAGGGACGUCUUCAGCAAGAGUUCAACUAGCUAAUGACCGAGAAGACAAUAUUGCUGUUUUUGUUGUAGAAGAUAGGUUGUCUGCACCAGCGGUUAGUUCAUUGGAAAUCAGACCUCUUCCUAAAGCAGAACCUCGAAGGAAU